CGUCCUUUUAACCGUGGACGGUGGAUUCAUACGAUCUUGUGAUGUCUGCAAAGUUGUUCUGCAGAACACUUUUAUAUCUCAAAGAUGUAGGUGGAUCGUGUGCUUUAUUUUAGUCUUCUCAUGACAAGUGUGUCUGUAGUCCGUCCGUAGGAACCGCGGCUCUAGCCGUUUGCUUCUAAUCUUUUUCAGCCGCGCGCGGCGCGGCGCGGUCCACCACGGAGACAGAGUUACCGAGAAAAGAAAGCGAGGGACCACCAGGCUCGCUCACACACACUGUCGGUGUGUUAAAGGAGCAGGAGGAUGUGGCAAAGCCUCGGCCUCACCGUCGUGGUCAUCGUGGCCACCCUGCUCUGCGUGCUGCUCUUCAUGCUCUUCGGCUGGUAUGUGGUCUGGCAGCUCUUCCUGUCCAAGUUCAAGUUCCUGCGCGAGCUGGUGGGUGACACCAGCCCCCAGCAGGCUGAUGCCGAGCUGCCACGCUCUGGGGCCGAGAGACCCCCCACCCCUCGGCAUCGGGCCAAGGCACCCCGGCAGAGAAUCGUCUCACCACAAGAUGCCAGCUAGAGCUGUCUGCUUCCUCAGCAAGGGCUGUCUACACACGUCCCUCCGAUGAGCACCAGAGACGGCAUCGAAGCCGGGCCCUUUGCUUCCCUGUGCUUUACGUGUGUUGUGCGUUUGACACAGCCACUUGCACGUCCCGUCACCCCCACUGGGUCUCUCGUGUCAUGUCACGUGUAAAAGCGUAGCUCACCAUAGUCUCGAACCAGGCACCUGACUGUAAGAAGCAACGAAGACCUAAAUGAGCAACUGAGAGCUUCCAUGAUUUCAGAUUCAUUUUCAUUGCUCUCCCUAGUUUUUGGCACAUCGGCCGGCCACCAGAGGGCACUACUCAGAGGGGCGCUGCCAUCAGGGACCACGUGUGGAUGUAGGACCCUACGUUGUAAGGGGCCCUCGUGUUGCCAAGCUCUUCAGUAUAGAACAAAUCGGUUGACAUGUGGCUGCUUUUUAAGUUUUUCAUUUACUCCAUGUGGCUGUCUUAAUAAAAGUGUUUUGU